UGCAUUCAGUUGUGUUUCGAGUGCGUUACGAUAUUUCGCAAUGCGAGCUUUGGCGUGUUUAUGGUGGCUACUGGCUCUGGCGAGGAUUUUACCCAGGAUCGAGGCCUGUAAUCGGGUUCCUUUGGGAGCCACUGCAGCCAAGUCACCGGUAGAUGACAACUAUGUGCUGUCCGUGGCUGGAAAUGCCCAGAGUUAUAUUCCCGGUCAGAAAUAUAAUGUAUCCCUCAGUGCCUUUUCUGGUCAAACUUUUGUGAGCUUCAUGCUGUCGAUCGAUCUGGAGACGGGCGAGAGUGAAGGUGAUCCCAAUGCCUUGGGCACCUGGGAGAUAAGCGAUCUGGCCGAGACCCGCUUCAGUCCCCGCUGCGCCAAUCUAGUGGAGAACACCAACACGAAUGUCAAGACCCGCGUGGACGUUGUCUGGGUGGCUCCGUCCAGUCCAGGACAAGGCUGUAUUCUGCUAAGGGCUACGGUGAUGCAGCAUCGUGAUGUGUGGUUCAUGGACGAUGGCUUCCUCACCAAGCGCAUGUGCGAGGAGGAGGCGGAUGAUAUUGACACUCAGCCCAGCAUUGUGGAUCCCUGUUGUGCCUGCGAUGAGGCCAAGUAUGAGCUUACCUUCGAAGGAAAAUGGUCACGGCACACACAUCCCAAGGACUUUCCCGCAAAUAGCUGGCGCACCCGCUUCAGUGACAUCAUUGGAGCCUCCCACACCAUCGAUUAUAGGUUCUGGCAGUAUGGAGAGCUGGCCAGCGAGGGUCUGCGCGAGGUGGCGGAACACGGUUCCACGCGCACACUGGAGAGCGAGCUGAAGGAUCAGAGCGAGCACAUUCGCACAAUUAUCAAAGCCAGAGGCAUCACCUAUCCGAAUGUCACGGGCAAAACAUUUGCCGUGUUUCGUGUGGACUCCAAUCAUCAUUUGAUAUCCUUGGUCUCCAUGGUAGAUCCUUCGCCGGAUUGGAUUGUGGGUGUCUCUGGCUUAGAGCUGUGCCUCCCCAACUGCUCGUGGGUGGAAAACAAGGUACACAAUCUCUAUCCUUGGGAUGCAGGCACGGACAGUGGUCCUUCUUAUAUGUCAGCAGAUCAGCCGCAAGUGCCGCCGGAUGUGGUGCGACGUAUCAAGUCCAAUUUUCCCAAUGAUCCUCGCUCUCCCUUCUACGACCCCACUGGCGCAGACAUGAAGCCAUUGGCCACCUUGCACAUCAAUCGGCGAAGGCUCUACGAGAAGAACUGCGAGUCCACCGACUCUGAGCAGUUGCCCCCAGAGUGUGCCACACACUCCUGGUCAAGGUGGGAUGAGUGCACCACCAAGUGCGGACCCGGCAAGCAGUACAGAAUCCGCGAGUUUAAGAAUCCUGCACUAGCCUCGCGUCAUCGCUGCAACAAUGCUCUCCGCGAGGAAAAGAACUGCGUGGGGCGCCAGUGCGCUAGCUUCAAUGAGGAGGCAGCCGAGGCAGCUGAGCAGGAGGCGGGUGGUGCUCCUCCACCCAGCAACGAUGAUCCCCAGUGCGGCCUGUCCGAGUGGACCGAGUGGUCCUCCUGCACGGUGACCUGCGGCACUGGAGAGAUGACCCGCUCACGUCAUUACCUCAACAAGAAGGCCAAAAAGAAGUGCCAAAAGGCCAGCAGGGCGCGUCUGCACGAGACCAGGAUCUGCGAGGCCAUGGAGUGCGGCGGUGACAUUGAGAAUGGCGGCGCUGAUGGGGGAGAACCUAACGAAGAGCAGGAAGGCGGCGGCGAUGAAGGGGAUGCCGAGAAGCGUUCAAUCUUCCGGAACUUUGAGAGCUACAGUCAGCAUCGAGAGGACUUUAUACCUCCCGUUUGCGGGGUCACGCCCUGGUCGGACUUUUCGCCGUGCCUGGGUCCAUGCGGUGGUCAUGGCCGGCGGCAGCGCAUCCGUAAGGUCUGGAACAACAACCAGGUAUAUGGUGUGAGUGACCCCAAUGACGAUGGACAAGAUCCCUGCCGGCACAUCAAGCUGCACGAGGAGGUAAACUGCACGAAUCCCAGCUGCGACACCAUAGUGCCCAGCUUCUGCUAUGAUGAGCUGGUGGAUAGCCCCUGCCGGGACAGUGAUGUGGCCAACUACUGGUACUACGACCACGUGAGUGACCAGUGUGGCAUUUACUGGUCAGAUCGCUGCGACGUCAAUCGCAACAAGUUCAAGUCGAAGGAGGAGUGCGAGGAAACAUGUCGCCUGCCGCGCCACAAGCAAGAGCUCCAGCACGAUGGCAUGCCGCCCGUGGACUGUAUGGUGUCCGAGUGGGUGGCCUAUAGUUGCAAUGCCACCUGCGGCGAUGGCUACCAGCUGCGCACCCGUCGGGUGCUCCGAACGCCCAAGUACGGCGGCAAGCCCUGCCCCAAGCACUUGGUGCGUCUGGAUCGCUGCUACCAGCGUUGCGAGGAUAUGUACUCUAUAAGUGGACGUGGCUUCGGCGAGCGCCGACAUGUGGUAAAGGCUCCUCCGCAGCCUGAGCCCCGGGACGAGUGUCGCUAUUCGGAGUGGUCUGCCUGGACGCCCUGCACUGCCAGCUGCGGCGACAAUGCGGUGCGCCAGCGCACUCGCACCUUGCUCAAUACCGAUCUGAGCUACAAGUGCAAGGACCGUGUUCGCAUGGAGAAGUGCGUGAUGAUGCCCUGCCUGCUCAGCAGCAACGACGAGCCGGAGAGGUGGUGACUCGAGGGAAUCUUCAGCUGCAAAAAGUAUUAAUUGUACAUCACAUAUGUAAUCACAAUCGUACGAAUAAUCAAAUAUAUGAAAAGCUAUAGAUUA